GUCCUUUUCGACUCUUUACAUUUUCCGUUGGAUUCUGCAUCUGGGGUUGUGUUUCUUUCAACUGCUGCACAAUGUCUCUACCCGUCGUACUCAGCCUGGUUGACUGUGCCGACUACAGCAACACAGUUGCCCCCUACCUCUCCCAGCUUGCGCCUCUCCCAAACAUUUUCUUUUCAUCCAUCACCAAUUCCGCAGCCUUGAAACAGUUGUACCUCAACACGAACCCCCUCGUUACCGCCAUUGCCUUUGGUGUGGCUCUGGCUCCCAUCUUCCUUCUGGUCUCCGAAAUAAACAAGAACUACUCCCAAGUAGACCGGGUCUGGUCAAUACUCCCGGCAGUCUACAACUUGCACUAUGCAAUUUAUUCUCACCUUGCCGGCGUACAUACAGCGAGACUGGAUGUCCUAUGUGUAGUUAGCUUCCUAUGGAGUGCUCGACUGACCUACAAUUACUAUCGAAAAGGAGGCUAUUCGAUUGGCAGCGAGGACUACCGCUGGGCCACCGUCAAGGAAUAUGCCGGGCCUGUGUUGAUGUUCCUCUUCAACAUCCUGUUCAUCUCUCUGGCGCAGUCCCUGCUCCUAGUCUGCAUUACCGCACCAGCCUACGUCCUCUUGCUGACCGAACGCCUGGCGACCUAUGACGGCCCUAUUCAAUCCUGGAAUGUGGUCGACACUGUUGCGUCUGCCAUCAUGUUGACCUUUGUAGCCAUAUCGUACAUGGCAGACCAGCAGCAGUGGAAUUACCAUGCGGCCAAAGCUGAGUAUCGCCAGACGGCCAAAGUACCACGCGGCUGGGAACGGGCAGACCUGGACCGAGGCUUCCUCACCAAAGGCUUGUUUGCCUAUUCGCGGCAUCCAAACUUCGCGGCAGAGCAAGGCGUCUGGGUCACAUUGUACCUGUGGUCAUGUCUGGCCACGGAAACCUGGUACAACUGGAGCGGGAUUGGAGCAGCAUCCUACCUCCUCCUUUUCCAGUCCAGCACAUGGCUGACCGAGCUUCUCUCCUCGGGCAAGUAUCCAGAGUACAAGGUAUAUCAGGAACAGGUCGGAAAGUUUUUGCCCAGCCCCGGCUGCGGGCCGCCGAGCUUCGACGAACAUCACACAUCUCGGGUGGAUGGCAGGGGGUUGAAGCAAAGAGAUGUGACAAAGACAAGGUAGAUGAUGGGCUCGGGUAGGAAUAAUUCAUAUCGAGGGGCUUUAUUGGGUCAUCAGCUUGUUUGUUUCUGAGAUCCCUGCACGGUGUAUCCCGUACAGCUGGUACGGAGUAUCGUAGUCUG